AUGAGAAGAAGGAGAACUGUGAAUGGGAGAAAACGGUUCUGAAGAGAAGACUAUCUGAAUCGGCAAUUGAAAUUGAGAGACAGAGAAUGAAAUGCUUUCCAUGAAUUCAAUGGUGAGAAAUGUCUUACAAUGAAUUUUAAUGUUUCUUCUUAUUGCUUCCCCAACCAAAAAUCUUGUAAAUUUUCCCAUUAAUAUGUAUCACAUAUUGAGAUUAAGUUUGAAAGGGCUGUAGCAUCUUCUAUGGAAAAUAUUCAGUAAAUUAUAAAUAUGCACUGUCAACAAAAUGAAUUCA